GCCUGCCCUUGCCCUCUUGUCCUUUGCGCUUGCCCCCUCUUAGCCCUUGCGCUUGCGCUUGCCCUGCACCUGCCAGGCCCCUGCUCUCACUCCCCCCUGCCCCCCUUGCCCUCCUCGGCGCCGUUGGCGACUUCCCUGCCGCCCAGGGCCCCGGCGCGCGCUUUCACAUUGUUCGGCGGGACGAUGCUGCACUCUGGUGUGUUACACCCAUUCCUUCGCUUCACAGCUUGA